UUCUUACAGCGCCGCAUGAAGUCGCGCCUGUUUGUUACCGUAAAAAGCCAUGUUGACGCGCAGCGGAGAUGGCGUGACCGUGCUUUUCAGAAGCGCAGAUGGCGUGACAUAGUUUCCUCAAAAGCUAAAGACCACACAAACCUGUUCACUGGAUGUAUGUGGGUAUUGUUGUCUAAGAGGGUGUUGAGGUCUCUUCAAUGAAACCUGUCCUGAAAAUGUACGUAUAGGACUGCACAAAAUAAACUGCAUACGAUUGGCAUGCUCAUCUCGUCAGUAACCCCGUUCCUUGAUUAGCGGCGUAUAAAUCGCAAUCACCUGCUUUUGAUGGAGUGGCAUUUACCAUGUAUCUUGCAACCCCAAAAUUCAGUGACGUUUUAUUUAUAAGUGCAGCAGGCAGAUUUAUUACUUUAUAGUUCAUUUGAAAGGUAUUCACCGGGUAUCAAUAAUUAUAUAAAAUGGACGGUAUAGUAACUUGGGGAAAUGGAGAUUCAAGAGAAAUGGAUGUGGAGUCAAAGUGGAGUUCAAAGAUAUGUGAUUACUGCAGAAGGAAACUGCGUAGACUUUUACCAGUGAAUCAUAAAGAAGAGAUUGUAGAACUGUUGAAACUGACUGGACCUGUGUUAAUAUCUCAGCUGAUGAUCUUUCUGAUCAGUGUCGUCAGUACUGUGUUCUGUGGACACUUGGGGAAAACUGAACUGGCUGCUGUUGCUCUUGCUAUUGCUGUUAUCAAUGUGUCCGGAAUCUCUAUUGGUUGUGGUUUGGCAUCUGCAUGUGAUACACUCAUCUCACAGACGUUUGGCAGUAAUAAUCUGAAGCGGGUUGGUGUUAUACUACAGAGAGGGAUUCUCAUCCUUUUGUUGGCCUGUUUCCCCUGCUGGGCGUUGUUCAUAAAUACAGAGCCAAUACUGCUGGCUUUCAAACAAAGUCCAAGAGUGGCCAGUCUGUCACAACGCUAUGUAAAUAUAUUCAUACCAGCUCUGCCUGCCUCAUUUAUGUAUCAGUUGCAGGCAAGGUAUCUUCAGAAUCAGGGUAUUAUUUGGCCUCAGGUGAUCACGGGAGCAGUUGGGAAUGUCAUCAAUGCUUUAAUAAACUACAUCUUCAUUUAUCAGCUUGAUCUUGGUGUAACAGGAUCUGCUGCAGCAAACACAAUAUCCCAGUAUUCAUUAGCUGUGUUUCUAUACGUCUACAUCCUCUGGAGAGGUCUGCAUAAAGCCACAUGGGACGGUUGGUCUCGUGACUGUCUGCAGGAAUGGGGGGCUUUUGUUCGCCUGGCCAUUCCCAGCAUGCUCAUGCUUUGUGUGGAGCAGUGGACCUUUGAGAUUGGCGGAUUCCUGGCAGGACUUAUCAGUGAGGCUGAGCUGGGAGCCCAGUCUAUUGUCUAUGAAUUAGCCACCACCACAUACAUGUUUCCUUUGGGGUUUGCAGUGGCCGCCAAUGUGAGAGUUGGAAAUGCACUCGGAGCUGGAAACACAGAUCGAGCCAAGCUUUCAGCCAAAGUUUCUUUAGUCUGUGGAUUACUUGUUUCCUGUGUGAUUGCGGCUGUUAUUGGAGCUACCAGUAACAUUAUAGGAUACAUCUUUACCACAGACAGGGACAUUGUGCUCAGAGUUUCACAGGUCAUGGUUAUGUAUGGCAUUUUUCAUCUAUUCGAUGCCAUUGCAGCUAUAACAGGUGGAAUUGUCAGAGGUGCUGGAAAGCAACUGAUUGGUGCUCUGUGUAACAUUGUUGGAUUUUAUUUGUUUGGAUUACCAAUAGAAGUCACCCUAAUGUUUGCUGUCAACAUGGGAAUUAUUGGUCUGUGGGUUGGGCUUUUUGUAUCCGUUUUCCUGCAAUCUUUGUUCUUCAUCGUCUUCAUUUGGAAAAUGGACUGGAAGAAAGCAACUCAAGAGGCUUUGGUCAGAGCAGGUGUACAAGAUCCUGAAACCAAAAAUAAAUGUUACGCUAUGGAAAACAAGGGCUUCACAGAAGAAGUAGCACAGGUGCCACAACGCACUGAAGGACGUCCAUCAGAUAUAAACACAGAUCUGGAAGCUGUUAGUAAAGCAGAAAGAGGAUCAGUUGAGGUUGUUGCAUUGGUCACAGUUGGAGAGAUCUUAACCACCAAACAGCUGGUGGUCCGACGAGGACUUUCUGUUUUCUUUAUGUUGCUAACACUCGCCGGAGGCAUUGUGUUGAAUAAGGUCCUGAUUGCAUAAAUGAUGCAGGGCAUUGGAGGAGUUUGUAUGGACCAAUAAAACAAGCAUUGGAUGCUUUUUGAGUUGUGAUCCCCAUUCUGUACUACUUAAAUUAUACCAUUUUUUUUUUCA